GUCCCGUGGGAUCCUAUCACGAAUACUUGAGACUGUGACAGAGUACUGUUUCCCCUCAGAGUCUCAACCCCUGCUAGCACAGCUACUAGAGGAGCCACAGGCAUUAGGGAGUCACACACUGUGGGGUUCUCAGACUCUUGAGCGUUUGGAUCGUUUGGUUCCUCUACUUCCAGAGCAAUUUCUUCAGUCUCUUAACACAGCUGGUCUCUCAAGCGGUUGGGUACUUCAUAUCCUCUAUAAAGAGCGUGCAUGGAGGAGAACUCCUCUGGGUGCUGCAUGCAGAUGGUUUGGAAAUGCUGAAGAGCAUGCACUGGAUAUACAACGACAGCGUACACUACUACAACGUACCCUCCUAGCACAACAUUCUCUGAGAUCAACAGUGCUAACUCCUGAAUGCCGCACUGUACGUAGUAGUGCAGUUUCUGCAUGGGAAGUUGAUGCUCUUCUGAGGAUGUCGAAUGUAGACUUUCUAGACUGUCUUGAAGAAAUUGGUCUGGAUCCAGAUAUUCCACUGAGUGAGCUGCCCCCUCUGCUGGCCAGAGUCCUGGAGAUUGUGGGACCUGCUUCUGCACUUCCUCCGCUCCUCAUUACUCGUCUUGGGCGCUUAGCAACACGGUUCAGUGAGAAGCAGCUUCAAAAGCUACCUCUGGAACACCUGCAAGUAAUGGAGGCUCUUGGUAGAGAACAAGACUGGAACAUGGAGCAGUUGCAAAGUCUGGCUCAUGGUUUUUUGAGUUCAAGUCGUCUCUCGGUGCAGGAUUUAGAUGCUAUUCACUUGGUGACACUGGGAUAUGCAGUAUGUGGGCUACAGAAUGUAGACAUGGAGCAGCUCCUGGCAUAUGAAUUCUGUUCUGCAGUGCUACAUCUAGGCUCACUUGCCCUGAAAUGUACAGAGCAGCAGCUGUACACUCUCACACGCCUAUGCACAUACAAUGACAUCUUUGGACCAGUCAGUGAAUGGACAGAAGACAUUUUUCGGGAGAUGGGAUCUGUAGCUGCUGGCCUAGAUGAUCUGGAGCUCUCUGCUUUAGUAAAGGAGCAGAUUCAGGGUCUCUCUCCACUUGCUGUAUCACUCAUUCAUCCCAAGAAGUUUGCAGUUGUUUUCUCAACAGUACAACUUUCCUUGUUCUCGUGGUCUCAAGCUGUGAGGGUAACAGAUCAGCAGUGGAAACUUCUUGACAAGGAGCAGCAGAGAGCUCUUAGCCUGGUGAUCACAGGCGAUGCUAACGGGACUCAGGAUUACAGGGCAUCUAAUACUGGACAUUGUUCACUAUGCUGUGUACUUGUGUACUGCCCUCUACUUUCUGCUGUUUACCAGCUUCUCACAGUGACAUUCUUGUCUUCUAUAUGACAUCACAGCCAGAAUCCUCAGUAUAAAUACUGCAAAUAAUGUGUCCCACUUACUAUGAAGACCAGCCAACUGGAAGA